AUGGCCCAGGACCAGACCAUCCAUCGCGCCGCAGAGCAAUCUGCCCACGACGCUGUUGCAAAGACCAUUCUGGCUCGUCAUAGCACCCGAGCCUUUUGCACAGGUCGAAAAGUACCACUAUCCAUCAUCGAGGAAUGCCUCAGCAUAGCCCAGCACGCACCCUCGUCGACAAACAUCCAACCGUGGCGCCUGACGCUUGUAUCUGGCCCUCCUCUAGAACGCCUGUCGGCCUCUCUCAUCUCAGCCUUUGAGAACAAGACCGAGUUACAGAUCCCCACGAUCCCAGAGUCGUACCAGAACUACCGGUCCGAACUGGGUCACCACAUCUAUGGGCCUAACGGAUACAACAUUGCCCGCGAGGAUACCGAGUCGAUGAUGAAGACUUUGAUCAGCAACUUUAAGUUUUACAACGCCCCGAUUGUUGCCGUGGUCUGCAUCGACAAGGAGCUGAACAAGUCUGAUGUUCUCUCCGUGGGAAUCUACCUUCAGACACUACUCCUGUUGUUGACCGAGAGAGGGCUGGGCACACAGGUGUCUGUUGCUCCGGCUGGUUAUCCUGAUGUUAUUAGAAAAGAACUGGGGAUUGAAGAAAAAAUGGAUAUCUUGUGCACGGUGGGCAUUGGAUACGAGAAUGAGCAAGAGCACAUCAAUUCUUUAAAGAUGCCGAGGGACGAUUGGAAGAAGAGUGUAAAAUUUGUGCUAAACUAA